GAGAGAGAGAGAGAGAGAGAGAGAAAGGGGAGGGGGUUGUUGGGUUGGUCUGUCAUAUUUCUAGUGGUCCCACAGAUCCCUCCUUACAGACUUACAGAACAACAGGUGAAACGGACCCUACAGGGCAGUCUAGUCCCCAACCCAGGGUUCCACACACCUCCGAACCCCAGAUAUCUCUUUCUCCUUCUCUAUUCCUCUCUCUGUCUCCUCAUUUGCCUCCUUGGAUUCCAGGUCUGAGUUCCAACCAUCCGAGGUCUUCAGUUAUGUUCAUCAGUAACAGAGUGUGGAUGGAGGAAGAGCAUCAACGCAGUAGGAAUUAAAUCUGGUUGAAGCUACUAUUUGGAAAAGCCCACAAGGUUUUAUUCCUCGUCAUCUAGAAAGCUGAAUCCCUCUGCAGCCAUGGAGCAGCCCGUGCUGAAAGCCAGAUCGCCAGUGGGUCAGAUGUGUUCCGUGGUGGCUCCCGCCUCGGCCAAGCAGCCAUCCUCCGCCCCCUCUCCCUCCAACACCAUGGGCCCCAAGGAGGUGGAGCUGAUUCUGGUGAAGGAGCACAACGGGGUCCAGUUCACCACCUCCUCGUUGGUCAGCCCUGCUGGACACCCCCACGGCCACGGCCAUGCUCUGGGCCCCAGUCACGGACACACCCCUGUCCCUGGAGAAGAGAGGGGAGACCUGGGGGAAGAAGAUCGACUUUCUCCUUGUAUAGGAUUUACCUGCCCACGUGUGGAGGUUCCCCUAUCUCUGUUGUAA